UGGUGUACUGGUGUGCUGGUGUACUGGUGUGCUGGCGUACUGAUGUGCUGCUGCUGCUGCCGCUGCUGUGCUGCUGUGCUGCCAAGCGCUGCCGCGUUGCAGGUUCCGGACGUUUCGCAGGAGCUCGCGGCUGCACAGGUGACUGGCACUCAGCCAGACGAGGCAGUGGCGGCAUCUGCAUCUGCGUAGGCCGUGGUCGAGACGGUGACGCCUGUGCAAGAGACGGAGCAUGAGCAGCCUGUUCCGGCCAGAGAGGCCUUGGUGAAGGUCUGCGUUGGCGCGGAUGAUGGUUGCCGCGGCAACGCUCUCCUCCGCCGACAGCUUGGACACGAACUUCUUGGCGAAUUUCGGGACCGUGCGCAUCCACUUGAGACAGGCGUUCACCUUGUCUCCAUGAGCCUUGAAGAAAAACUCGAGAGUCAUGCUCUCGGGGAUGACGCCAGGGAUGGCCUUGGUGAUGAUGGUGUUGUAUUCGAACUGGCCGUAGUACGAGCUGUAGCCGCCCCUGACGUUGACCGGGAUGGUCGACCACACGAGGCGCAUUAGCCCGGUCAGUAUUCCGCCGUUGAUGUAGCGCACGUUGGUCUCUAGGCCCUUGGUACACGCUGGAUGCGCCGGGAUUCCCCACGGCGCUCGAAUUCCGCCCAUGUAGCUCUUGUGGCAGACGAGACACCUGCGCUCCACGAUGGCUUUCAGGUGCCCGAGUCCCGGAUUCUCGGCGAGAUUGCACAGAGUUUCUUUCUGGUAUUUGGUCAUGUUGUGCUGCGCGGCAUUCAAGGCGAGCGGGAUGUUGCCGUACACGUCGUCUUUCGUGAACCUAUCGGUCCUUGCGAACGCUGCCACAAAUUUCGUAUCGGGUAGGAAGGCGACCACCAGGUCGAUGCUGAAUUCGGCGAGCAUAUGUAGUGAUUGUAAGAGUGCUUAUGCCUUGCCACUAUUUUAAUGUUUACAGUUAACAAAGUAAGGCACCUUCGCCAAAU